AUGGGAGACCUAGCAAUAAUAUCGACUGCGAAAUCGAAGGAUGGAGAGCAAUCCUCCAUCAAGUGUCCGAUGUUGAACUCAACCAACUACAUGGUGUGGGCGAUACGGAUGAGGAAUUUUCUUAAGAUUCAUAAGGUGUGGAGUAAUGUCGAGAACGGAACGGACGAGAAUGAUAAGAACGACGUAGCAAUUGCUUUGUUGUUCCGAGCAAUACCCGAGACCUUGGUUCUGCAAGUUGGAGAGUUGAACACUGCGAAGAAGGUGUGGGAUGCUGUCAGGGCUCGACAUGUUGGUGCAGAGAGGGUAAAGGAAGCCAGGUUGCAGACUUUAAUGGCAGAGUUUGAUAGGUUGAAGAUGAAAGACACCACGAAGAUCGACGACUUCGUCGGCAAGCUAUCAGAGCUUUCUUCUAAGUCCAGUGCUUUGGGAGAGGAGAUUGAGGAACCAAAACUCGUCAAGAAGUUUCUUAAGUGCCUUCCUCGCAAGAAGUAUAUACACAUUGUCGCAGCUCUUGAACAAGUGCUUGAUCUCAAGACCACGAGUUUUGAAGAUAUUGUGGGGCGCUUGAAGGCCUAUGAAGAACGUGUUCAGGAGGAAGAUGGCAAUCAGGAAGAUCAAAGCAAGCUUAUGUAUUCUAAUGCAGAGCAGCAAUCCACGCGUGAUUCUCAGGAUGAUAGAGGGUAUUGA